GCUUCCCGGUGACGUCACCGCUCGGAGCCGACAGCGGCCGGGGGCCGGCGGCGGGAGGAUGGCGGCGGAGGGGGGCCGGGUGCAGAUCUCCUUCCCCCAGCACGCGGCGGCGCUGCUGGAUUCCCUCAACCGCCUGCGGCUGGAGGGGAAGUUCUGCGACGUGGCCGUCCACGUGGGUGGGCGCAUCUUCCCAGCCCACAAGAGCGUCUUGGCCGCCGCGUCCCCUUUCUUCCACGACAAGUUGCUUCUCCAAGAUGGGGGGCGCCUCUUGCUGCCCCCCGCCAUCGAUCCCGACGCCUUCGAGGGGCUCCUGCACCUCAUCUACUCGGGGCGCUUGACGUUGUUGUUGGAGGCCCUGCCCGGGCAUCUCUUGGUGGCCAGUGGUCUCCAGAUGUGGCACGUGGUGGAUCAGUGCUCCGAGAUCCUGAGGGAGUUGGAGGGUGGGACGUGCCGGUGGGCUGGCCGGGGCAGCGAGGGGGACGUCGUCAUCGUCAAGCAGCCGCGGCGGGGAGGCUUCGUCAUCGUGGACCACCCGUGGUGGAGAUGGGUCUUCAUGCGUCACCCAUGGUGGGGAUGGGUCUUCAUCCUCAUCGUGGACCACCCGUGGGGGAGAUGGGUCUUCAUGUGCCACCCACGGCGGAGACGGAGCAUCGUCGUGGACCACCCGUGGCGAUGGGUCCUCAUGUACCACCCACGGUGGAGAUGGAGGAUCAUCCUGGACCACUCGUGGUGGAGAUGGGCCAUCGUGUCCAACCCGCGGUGGUGAUGGACAUCCUCGUGGGCCACCCGUGGUGGUGAUGGCUCUUCAGCAUCAUCUUCAUGGCCCGUACGUGGUGGCGACAGCUCUUCGUGUCCCACCCGCGGUGGUGACGGAACGUCCUUGUGGGCCUCCCGUGGUGGCGAUGGCUCUUCAGCAUCAUCUUCAUGGCCCAUGCGUGGUGGUGAUGGCUCUUCGUGGGCCACCCGUGGUGGUGAGGUGGCCACACCGUCUUUCACCAAGGAGGGGGGCGAGGAGGUCCUCAAAAUCCGUGUGGCUGCAGACGUGGCGCCGGCGGCAACGUCAUCCCUUAGCUCCCUCCUGAAGGACGCCGGCGAGGAGGUCCUCAAGAUCUGUGUGGAGGAGGACGAGGAGGAAGAAGAAGAGGAGGAAGAAGGCGGCCACCGCCGCCGCCACCGCCCCACCGAUGCUCUCCAGAUCGUGCUGGAGGAGGAGGAGGAGGAAGACGGGGUGCCCGGAGCCCCCCAUGAGCCCCCCAAGAUCUUCUACAUCAAGCAGGAGGUGGGUGACGCCACCACGGUUGAGGGUCUCCUACCAGCGUCGGAGCUGGCGGGCGGCUUCGCGCCGGCAGAGGUGAGCUACGUCAUCCCGGCGGGCGGCAGCGGCACGACGGUGACAACCGGCAGCGCCAUGAUGACAACCGGCAGCGCAUCCGUGUUCCCUCAACCAUCUUGGAAACCGGUGGACCUUCACGGGAACGAGAUCUUGGGGCGGGGUCAAGCUCUCCACGCUCCGGUGAAGUUGGGAGCGGCUCCCGACGGUAAACGUUUCGGUUGCUUGUGCGGGAAGCGCUUUGCGGUCAAACCCAAGCGGGAUCGACACAUCAUGUUGACCUUCAGCCUGCGCCCCUUCGCCUGCGCCGCCUGCCACAAGCGCUUCAAGCUGAAGCAUCACCUGACGGAGCACAUGAAGACCCACGACGGGGCCGGGCGGGCCUGCGAGCGCUGCGGCCGCCACUUCCGCCUGCGCAGCGGCUUGGCCAAGCAUCGGCCGCUCUGCCAGGGGGCUCGGUGGGGAGGGGGGUGCUGGGCUUGUGAGUGA